UAACAGUGACCUUUCCUAUUAAUAUAACGGAUUUAAGAGAUCACAAUCUUGAUUUUAGUGGACUUUGAAUAUAAAGGGUUUUUUAAGGACCACUCAGCCUCAUUUUUUCUAACCCUGUUUCUUUCAUACAUGCUAAGUUCUUCAAUCACAACUGGAGAUUUUCUGAGUUAACCUUGUUUGGUAGUGGCAUGAGACGGCUCUUGAAAUGCUGACGUGGUCUUAUAUUUUAUAAAACACUCUUACAUUUAUCUUCUGUUAAUCUUCACUUUAGAUCUAUGAAAGAGGUAUUAGCUCUUUCUUUACCAAAAAAAGCCCCCAAAGCUCAGAGAGGUUAAGAAAUUUGCCUGAGUCUACACAGCCAUCAUAAAUGAUAGAACUAGGGCUACAGCUGGCUUUGUCAGGCACUUUGCUAGAAAGUGUUAUCAGGCCUUUUAAGAAUAAUAGUCCCAAGGAAUAAGGCAGACAGGUAAACAGGUAGUUAAACACAAGCUGUGAACUGGCAGCGUGCCCGCCAGUUUGGGAACCAGGUAGGUUUUGUUUUGUCUGCCCAGUUUAAAACAAUUCCUAAUUGGUUUUCAGCAUUCCCCUCCCCACCUGCUUUGUUUAAGGUACUAUUUACGUAGAAUACAAUUUACCAAUUUAAGUGUACAAUUUGUUGAAUUUUUUAAUGUUUGUGUAAUCACCACUACAGUCUAGACAAAAAGUAGCUUUCCUUGGCUUAAAAUUUACUUAGGGUCUUACCAGCAGUGUGGUCAUUUAAAAAUUAAGAAAUUUCACACUAAGAAGCUGGAUUAAAAAAUUGGAAACCCUGACAACAGUGGACUCUGCAUCCCCAAAGGGUAACAGUCAUUAGCUUGCUGCUUUUGAGUUUGUUUUAGCAGCUGACGUUAAAUGCUGCCUCAAAAGUGUGGACAGAGUGCCUUAGGGGAAAUGGGAUCUUGGGAUUAACCUUGGUAAAGGCUGCACAGACCAGCUGGCCUUGAAAGAUGGGUGGUUUUACAGGGAGAGAGGUCAGCAGUGGAAGUGUUUGUUUUAAACCAGGGAGGAUUAAAAUGCUGUUGGGGGACAUGAAGUCAGCCACGUAUGGGCUUCAUUUAUUUGGGUUUGUUUUUAUUUUUUAUUUUUUUGGUGGGAUGGGCCUCAGUGGAAGAGUUUUGUGUAUUUGUGUUUGUGGGCUGUGGUUUCUGAAAGUUUUAUAUAUCUAAGAAGCUUUAAUCUGUACACCUCAGGGGAUUUUAUGGUUUUUGGUAUAUGUGAGAAUGGGGAGGGAAAAUUAGUAUUUUUAUUUUUGCAGGGGUUGGAGGUUUGCACAGGCUGUUUGGGUUAUAUGUUUCUAGAGAGUUGCCCAGUGAAAAAUGAGUCCCUCUUUCCCCACCCCCUCCACCCUCUCCUUCCGGCCAGCCUGGCUGGGACCUGGCCGGGCAGUGGCAGGCAGCAGGUGGUAAGAGGAGAGGGGCUCAGGCCCUUGGAGCCCAUCCAUCCGCCAGCGACUUUCCCUCAGGCUGCAGUUCCCAUAGCCUGUGCUGGCUCAGUCACCAGCGACGCCAUGGACAGGCUGGGCUCACGGUGCCCUCUGCCAGGCUCCACUCGGCCCUCUAUCUUUAUAUGCUUCUUGAUCCUGACAGCCUCUCUCCUGACAUACUCCGUGCUCAGGACCCUCAGCCUGCAGCUCCUCUCCGUUGUCACUGGCAGCUAUGUGUCCGGCACGUACUCCAUUGUUUUUGUCAACUGUCCCAACGAGCAGAUCGCCAGAGAUAUUGCCAGGGCUAUCCUGGAUAAGAAGCUGGCUGCCUCUGUGAACAUCCUGCCUAAGGCCUCCUCACUAUACUAUUGGAAUGGAGAAAUAGAAGAAGCCACUGAGAUCCUGUUGUUAAUAAAGACAAAGACUUCCAAGAUCCAUAUGCUUUCCAGCUACAUCAGGUUGGUGCAUCCUUUUGAAAUCCCAGAGCUCUUCAGUCUUCCCAUGGACCAAGGAGAUGUGCGCUAUUUAAAGUGGCUGGAGGAGGGCAUGGAGGAGGAGUGAGUGGGGGCUUUCGUGCCUCCUGCUGGGUGCCCCUAAGAGCCAUCAUUAUCUGUUCUCCAGCUGAAGGGCGGCUUCUGUCUGUCUCCUCGCAUCUCUGGAUUCCAUGCAUUUCUCAGCACAGAGGAGCUAAGUAACUUGCGGAGGCUGAAGGUCCAAGACUCCUGAGGCUACAAGAGGCUGCUGUGCCAGUCAGGCCAAGCAAGGACCCGGUGGAACUUGUCUCUGAGUGCCUCAUGCAUAAAGGUGGCCAGGAGUGGCAAGGUCACAGUGAGGGUGCGGCUGGUCUUCUGUGUUCAUUGAGCCUAAACUGAGUGCCGCGUAUGUUAUCACUCUCCUCUUCUGAUGAGGAAUGACCUGGCGACCCGUCACCCAGGAGUGUGUGGGGGUGAAGGUCACCUUCUAGGGGAGCUGGAAGCACUCUAUCCACAGGAUGAAUCGCUAAUGGUGGAAUGUCAGGGACAAGCAGGAUUAUUUCCUCUAGCUGAAGGUGGUGGUUGUUAUUCCCGAGUCCUGAGGAAGUGGGCCUGGGAAAGGGCUUCAUGAAUGCAGGUAGGACUGGGAGGGGAGGGCUUAGACACAGCCCCAAGGAUUGAGAGUUGGUCUUGACUCUUUCCUAGCCCGAAGGUGACAGACCUCAGAAAGCUGUGGUCCCUUGCUCAACAGAGACAUGGGUUCUGAGCCCACCACACUGACCUUCUGAUGUGAGCACAGAAACCAAGCAUCCUAAAGUGGGAAGAACCUGCGGGAACUGCCAGAUCAGAACCCCAGGGGUUCACAGGAGGGACCCUGAGGUCUGCUCAUACUUCAGCCAGCGCACCCGUGCUUUUAUUAUUAAUUUUUAUGUAAUGAGCUAAGUUUUUGCUGUUACAAGUUUGUAAACCAAUAGCCUAAGCCAGUCUUAUAGAUUUUGUAAGGUUAAGACCCCUGAGGCUGGAAGAGGAUGCGGGGCCAGUCAGGCCAAGCAAGGACCCAGUGGAAUCUAUAAAGCCGGUUUUAUAGAUGACUGAAGGGAAUUGAACUGGCCUGAGGCCCAGAAAAGGGGCGGCUUGUGUUACAGAGGGGAGAGCCAAGGCUGCUCAUUCCGUAGGCUGCUCUCCUAACCCUGCUGCGUGGGGCUGGUGGAGCCCCGGGGGGUGAGAAGAGAGCCUGACCUAGGCCCCCUCCCGGCUCUGCCACAGGAUUACCCCCCCCUCAGGGCCCUUCGGAGCCUUGCCCCAGCUCACUUUGCCACCGCCACCUCCACCUCUCCUCUCCUGCCUGGCACCCGUGGGUGCCAGGUUGGUGCCCUGUGUUGGGGCCGUCGCCUCUGCCCGAGCACCCUCUGCGCCAGUGCCGGAGAAGUGUGGCUGCUCCUCUGCAGGCCUGGUGUCCAGUUGGAGGGAGUCGCCCCCGCCCUGGCAUCCUGUUCCCUCUGCGCAUCCGGGUCCUCCUCCUCCUGGAUUGUGCGUUGCGCUAGGUGAGGGGCAUGCGCACAGCGACUUGGGCUCCUGCACACGGUUUGGUAUAUAUUUCCCAAAUUGAUGUUUCAAGGAUUUGAAUAACUAAAGCUUUUUCUACUUUCCACAGUUACUUUCUCAUUUACCAGGCUGGCAAAAUCCAAUUAUUUUUUCCUUGAACUUUCUUAAAGUGGGAUUAAUUCCCGAGAUUUUCCUGUCUCUGACUAUCAUUGGUUCAUUUUCUGUGCCAAGUGUGCUUUGAAAACUGUUUCUUGGUGGCCUGCCUUUGCCUCAGUGUCACAGCUGACUAUAGGAAAUAGAGAACACCAGCUCUCUCUGCAGGUACUGUCCUAGGUCUUAACAUUUAUCCUUGUAACCCAGCUUACCCUCAUUUUGCAGUUGAAACCUGAGAUUGGAGAGCAGAGACGCUUAAAAUAAGUGGCAAAAUGGGCUCUGAAACCAAGUGUCUGACUCUAAAUCUGAUGCUCUUACAGUCUCUUUUAAAGAGGCUGGCUAUAUCUCUUUGUAGGCCAGAGAACCUGCUAUAGCCGUCUCUAAGGAAGAGCUGUUCCUUCCUAAAACAUCCGCCUUGACAGUGUGGUGAGUUGGCAUGUUGUGUGGUUUCCUUCUCCCCACAGGUCUGGAGGCCAGUGAUGAUGUCUUCAUUCUGUAGAUGAGGGAACAGCCUGAGAGGCUUGCCCAGCUCUGCCACAUUGCCCUCGAUGUGCUGUGGGGGCAGGGGCUAGACAUGAGGGUUUCCACCCGGGAAUUCCUUCCUAGCACUUCUCAGGAAACACGGUUUAUGACUCCAGAACCCUGGGAGAAUCAGUUGAGGGAACGAGAAGAAGUAGUAAAGUAUCCAUGAAUACUGAAGCUUAAAAGCAUAAAGCUGCUACUGGUUUGAAGGAACCCAUCUCCGUCAGAUAAAAACUAGAGCAAGAAACAGUUGCUUAUAGAGUUGAGUGUACAGUUACCUAGCCAGGACAGGAAUAUAGAAGAGGAGUGGUUCGCAUCUCCUUUUGCCUGGGAUUGUCUAGCCCUGUCCACUGCAAACCCUGAGCUACUCCUGCAAAUAAGAUAAAUGUAUACACGUAGUAUGCUUUAUACAAAUCCUGUGAGUGGUGUUCUAAGAAAUAAGCUUUGGAAGCAAAAUAAAUUCUUAAUUUGGCAA